AUGAAGCCACAAGAGUACAGCAGUGUUCUGUUUCCCUCAACUAAAUAUCUGUGUGUGCUUGUGUCACAGGCUGCGACGACACAGCAGGCAAACGACGUGGUUACGGAGGAGUGUGCUGCGGCCGCCUCAUUUCCUUCUUCCAGAGCACCUGCGGCGGAUGCAAAUACUACAAACGCAGGAGGUGGUGUCCAUAUAAACCAACAAGGCUGGUACGGGUCAGGCUUCGUUGGCCAACUUUGGAACCAUCUUUGGCGUGCCUUUGAUGGUUCGACGAAAGAGGUGAAGGAUUCAACCACAAAGUUUAGUGAUGUCAAGGGGAUCGAUGGAGCUAAAGCCGAGUUCGAGGACAUAAUCCAGUACAUGCGUGACCCUAAGCGUUUCACACGCCUCGGCUGCAAGCUCCCGAGAGGUGUUCUGAUAGUAGGCGCACCUGGCAAUGGGAAAACAAUGUUGGCAAGGGCUCUGGCCAGGGUAGUCGGCGUCCCAUUCUUCGCCUGCAGCGGCAGCGAAUUUGAGAGGGAUUACGUUGGUGCUAGGGCUAAAAGAGUGAGAGAGCUCUUCAGUGCAGCAAGGAAACGAUCUCCCUGCAUAAUAUUCAUCGAUGGAAUUGAUGUCAUUGCUGGGAGCAGAAACAUAAAUGAGCCAACAGGGCAGAGGCACACCCUGAACCAGCUGCUCACCGAGCUAGAUGGCUUCAAGCAGAACGAUGGGGUCAUGGUGGUUGCAGCGACCAACUCCCUCGAUUCACUAGAUGACGCCCUGGUUAGGUCUGGGCGUUUUGACCGUCACAUUAAGAUUCCUUACCCAGAUGUUGAGGGCCGUAGGCAGAUCCUUGAGGCUCAUAUGUCGAAGGUCUUGAAAGCCAAUGAUGUGGAUCUUAAGACCACUGCAAAGGGGACUCGUGGGUUCUCAGGUGCAGACCUCGCAAACCUGGUGAACUAUGCCGCUCUCAAGGCAGUCGGCAGGACAUGAUGGACAGGACAGGAGGUGUUGCUGGAGAUUUAGCUCAAGAAGAAAGGAUUUGGUCGAAAUUUUCGUUGCUCGGACACCAACACCAAACCUCUAGUUCGCGUACGUUGUAAUGUAACCACGCCCGCGAGUUAACUGCAUCGAUCGAUCGAUCAGACGUGAUGUGUGUUUCUAGGACUCUGAUCUUGUAUAUGCAUAGGGACGAAGAGUAGCAGCAAUCAAUUUCUUUAACAUGGCAAG